AUGCUGAAAGCUAGCGCCAGGUACAGGCCCAAAAAAACCGAGUAUACUGGCAAAGACCCACCCAUAGUCGCCACAACCACACCGGACCCUUAUGUUGGCAUCCCGGAAGUGAUCGCCUUAAACGACCGAAUGUUUGACAACUUUAUCCGGGGCAAGGAUGCCACGAUGGUGUUUUUCUAUAAGAAGACCAAGGAAAACUCGGAGACAGCCAAGAACUCUUUCAUAAAGGCUGCCCAGGAGACCCGCAGAGAGGGCCACGCUUACGGCGCUGUCGACUGCGCCGAGAACCGACUCCUGUGUAUGAAACAAGGUGUGUACGAUGUCACCUUGCCGGCGUUCAAGCUCUACUCCGGGGGCCACGCCAUAAACAUGUACGACUACAACAUGCGAGCAGAGGAUAUGAAGAAGUUCAUGGACCUAGCACCGCCUCCCGUCCCAAACCGUGUCUAUAAGUCAGUGUGUACUUUUGUCGGUGUCGGACGUCAAAAGAAGUGA